CACCACAGCGAGCACGCUUCCUGCUUUCUCUCAAAAUGUCGGCUGAGUUUUAUCUUCGCUACUACGUUGGACACAAAGGGAAAUUCGGCCACGAGUUUCUGGAAUUUGAGUUCCGACCCGAUGGUAAACUUCGGUAUGCAAACAACUCGAACUACAAGAAUGAUGUGAUGAUUCGAAAAGAGGCAUUUGUUCAUAAGAGUGUUAUGGAUGAGCUUAAAAGAAUAAUUGAAGACAGUGAGAUACUGAAAGAAGAUGACACAUUUUGGCCUCAGCCAGACAAAGUUGGUAGACAAGAACUUGAAAUUGUGAUGGGUGAUCAGCAUAUCUCAUUCACAACAUCUAAGAUCGGUUCUCUCAUUGAUGUCAAUCAAUGCAAAGAUCCCGAUGGCUUGAGAAGUUUUUAUUAUUUAGUUCAAGACCUCAAGUGUAUGGUGUUCUCUCUUAUUGGCCUUCACUUCAAGAUCAAACCCAUCUAAAUGCUACUACGCACUGUUCUGUGAACACUGUUGGUUUCAAUGUUUAUGCACUGACUUCAUCUUUAUGUCUGAAACUUUCUUCCAACGUUCCUUGCCUUUUAUAAUUUUCUAUUAUAUUGGUAAAUGAAAAAAAAUUAAGCACACUGCAAAUAGGCCAAUCUGAGUUACCUUGUGCCUCUGUUUCAAAACGAGUC